AUGCCGCUGGGUAAUCCCGCGAACCGAACGGCUGCAUCACCGCUUCGCAGCAAGACGUGCGACACACACAACUGCAACCAUGAGCGCAGUUUAGUAGCCACCACCGGCGGCGCGUCGACCAUGGACACGAUCGGGCCGUCUGAGACUGGGCUGAUGUGGCCGGAACAGGUGGAUGUCACUGUGGCGCUAUACAAGUUCCAGUCGCCGCGCUGGCCCUUCACAAACAUGCUGCCAGCGGGCGUGACGCAAUGUGUGCUGUGGACCGAUGCGGCAUCCAUCCACGGGUCUUGGUCAAAACGAGCUGCGAGUGGAGAUCGUUGGUGGACGGAGCGUGUGAACAUGGACAUGCAAAAACCAUCAAAGACAGGACUGGGAGGAACAAGAGAUGCAUCAACGUCAACGCCCCCGUCGGCUCCCGAAGCGGGCACCACUGCGGCGUGGGAAGGCGCGGCUGCGGCCGCGAGGGUGCUGCUGUUGGCAGCACCGAUGAGAAAGAUGAGAUAUGCGUAA